AUGCGAUCCUCGUUGAUCUUCAGUCUGGUGGCUUCCGGACUUGUCGCCAAUGCUCUACCGAAUAAAUCCAGGCAUCUUCGCCGUCAGGAUAUCGACUUCGAUCUGGUCGACGACACGCCAGAACCUUCCAAGAGUCCCACCGACACUCAGAACUACAAUCAGGCCAGUGCCAUCGCUGCUGUCAUCAACGACGUCAAUACCGAUCCUUUGCCGCAGCAGACGACCGACAGCACAAGCUUGUCACGACGUGAUGUUGUUGUCGUGACAGCGGAUGGCUAUAGUCAGAACACUGUUCUGGAUGGCGCUGCGAUCAACGCGCCUCUCAAUUGCAACAAGGCUGACACAUUUAUGGGUGUCAAGCUCUUCAAUGACGGUCCCUUUGACACUACGCUUUGCGCUGCUGCAUGCACUGCGCAGACAAAAUACAACUUGAAGCAUCCGCCAACUUCGGGUCAGGCUAAAUCAUGCAGAUUCUACAACACCUACGAGAUGUAUAAAGACUCUGUCUAUCAAGGACAGUACUGCACUCUCUACACCCAGGCUUGGGAUACCACUUAUGCCACAAACAAAGGACAAUGGCGAGGAACUGCUCAUUACACCAUUGGCCGAAGUUUUAUCGCUUCGAAUGCCACAGACUCUGGUCUGGUCUCCUGCUCAAGUCCCACAUCGUCUCCAUCGAUCUCGAGUACCUCUGCUUCUUCAACGAUCACGGCCUCAUCAUCAACCUCCCUGUCCUUGUCCAGCUCUGCAUCGUCCAGCUCGACGACUUCGUCAAGCACUACGUCGAGCGCUCCAAAAUGCACCUUCGCCCCUACUGUCGACGCGCAGCAACAGGAGAAAGAUACAGCAGCACUUGACUUCCUUUUUUCUCACAACACUCUGACUGCGAUGCUGUCCAGUAUACCAUACAGCGUGCUGGUUCAGCGUUCGCUUACUGGAGACGUUCUGCCAUCGAUUCAGACCGCUCUACAGAACGUGGUGUCCUGCGGCCCGUACAAUAUCACUUCGCAGCUCACAGGAUGCAGUACUGCCAUGAAUACUCAACAAUUCACAUCUUGUAUCAUAGCUUGGACUGAUCCGGCAUUCCUGUCCAGCUGGGGCAAAUUUCCCGUACCCACAGUACCCACAGCAGCGCUGACUAGAUUUAUCAACACGUGCGGAUAUUUCAUCGGUGGCCAAUACCCGGAGGUUUAUCCGAUCCCUGCGGGUGUCACUCUCUCGCCGGACAUGACCCCAAUUGCAGUGAGAGAUACGCUGACUACACAUGGCAUCAACAAACCUCAGUGCGACUUUCAGAUGAUGCAAUAUUACUUCGGAGAGGCUAAGAGCUUCAAGAUUACCUGCUCAUAG